ACUUUGAAUAUGUCGGGGAUUGCCCUCAGCCGACUUGCCCAGGAAAGGAAAGCUUGGAGGAAGGACCACCCUUUUGGCUUUGUGCCUGUCUCAACAAAGACCCCUGAUGGCACGAUGAACCUGAUGAAUUGGGAGUGCGCUAUCCCUGGAAAGAAGGGGACUCCAUGGGAAGGAGGCUUGUUCAAACUGCGGAUGCUUUUCAAAGAUGACUAUCCGUUCUCGCUACCAAAAUGUAAAUUUGAGCCACCACUGUUUCACCCAAACAUGUAUCCUUCUGGCACAGUGUGCCUGUCCAUCCUGGAGGAAGACAAGGACUGGAGGCCAGCUAUCAUGAUCAAACAGAUCUUAUUAGGAAUACAAGAACUUCUUAAUGAACCAAAUAUCCAAGACCCAGCUCAAGCAGAGGCCUACACAAUUUACUGCCAAAACAGAGUGGAGUAUGAGAAAAGGGUUCGAGCACAAGCGAAGAAGUUUGCCCCCUCAUAA